AUGCUGAGCGCGCGGCGGGCGGCGCUGGCGGGGCUGGCGCGGGCCGGGGAGGGAGCGGCGGGCCCGGGGCCGGGCCGCGCCUGCAGCGCCCGCCUGCUGCUGCCGCCCGGCGGCGCGGCCCAGCCGGACGCGCAAGGUGCGGGUGGGCCGGUGGUGCCGGGCCGCCCCGCUGACCGCCGGUGUCGGGCAGGCUGGAGGGAGGCGGUGGCGGCCGCCGUCGGUGCCCUGCAGGCGGGCGGGCUGGUGGCGGUGCCGACGGACACGGUGUACGGCGUGGCCUGCCUGGCACAGGAUUCCGGCGCCGUGCGGAGCAUCUACAGCCUGAAGGGGCGGAACGGGGGGAAGCCGCUGGCCAUCUGCCUCGGGGACGUGGACCGGCUGUACAGGUACUGCCACGUGAACGUGCCGGACGAGUUGUUGCGGGACCUGCUUCCAGGACCUGUGACCCUGGUCUUGAAACGUUCAGAAGAACUAAAUAAAGACUUGAAUCCUUUCACGUCGCUGGUUGGUGUUCGUAUUCCAAACCACCCUUUUAUUAGGGAGGUGGCACGAGCUUGCUCUGGACCACUGGCUUUAACAAGUGCUAACAUCAGCUGUCAGGCGAGCACGCUGACGGUUUCGGAAUUCCAAGACCUGUGGCCUCAGUUGUCCUUAAUCGUCGAUGGAGGCCAAAUAGGGGAUGUCCAGAGCCCAGAGUGUCGUUUGGGGUCAACUGUGGUUGACUUAUCUGUGUCGGGGAAAUUCACCAUCAUUCGUCCUGGCUGUGCACUGACAUCUACAGUUGAAAUCCUGAGGCAGAAGUAUGGCUUGAUACCAGAAUCAUCUUAAGACUUCAGACUCUGAGGAGGCUCUGCAGAGCUGGUAAAGCUGGGCACCGUGUGCCUGCGCAUUCAGGAAAUGGGUGUUCAUGGCCUUGUUUAAUAAGGUCGAUGGGUUAUGUCAAGGUUAAUUAAAAAAAAAAGAAAAAAAACAGAACAAUAGUUGAUGGGUAUCUGUUAAUUACUAUCACGUCUGCUGUAGUCUGAGAAACCAACCCAAAUAUGUAUGCUGACCUCUUUGUGCUGCUUUACCAUUCCCAAAUACCUCUUGGCUUUAUUAACAUGAUUAGGCCUUUGAAAUACAGUAAUUUGAAUGUUUGAAUGACUAUUCUCAGGCUGGGAUGAUGAAGGUAGUGUCUGAUCCACCCUCCCCUGAACACUUAUUCCAUGUGUUUGUUUAUUGUAUCUGCACUGAAAGAAAAGCAAAGAUGGAAAAGAUGUUUUCUGAGCUUUCAUGAUGUUAUAGCUAUGGUGUCCUCUAGCUGUUUUUCUCUGUUCUAAAUGUAAUCAAAACCUACUAUUGAGAUUAAACUGUAAGUGCUUUUGAAAAUUAA